UUUUAAUCUGCAAUGUGCGAAUGAUAAUUUAAUUUUCUUUUAUCAAGUCAAGUUUAUUUGAAGUCAGGGUUUUAAUUAUACCCAUUUUUGCCUAUUAUUUACUAGAUUAGUAACUAUAAAUUAUAUAAAUAUUUAUACGGCAGCAUGAUGAGCAUGUCAUGAAGGGGCAUGGGGCGCAUGAAUGAUGGGCAGCUGCAUUUUAAAUUUUAAUUAUUUAUGAUAAUAAAAUCUAUAUUAUAUAUAUGUUAAUUAUUAUCCUUCUAUAUUAUAUAAAUUCAUGAUGCAUUUUGAGACAAUCAUGAAUUUAGUUUCACAUCAUUCUAAACUUAAUGGAAGAGCAACAGAAGUAGACAAACUGACAGUGUCAGUGACACUGAUACUGAUGCUAGUGGAAACAUAGGUGCCUUGAACUGAUAUAGUUUGUUGACAGUUGUGUACAAAUUUCUUAAUUUACUUUUAUUUGCAAGUAUUGCCAAUUAACAUAAUGUUCAUUAUUAUAUCUUGAUUCAAUUGUUAUCCAAAAAUCUACCCAGUCUGUCAUCCCAGUUGAGUAAGGCAACAAGAGUCAAGGGGGCAAUAAAAAUGAAGGGGGUGGGGGUAAAGAUUUAAGAGCUUUUGCAAUGAUAAUUAUCCUGCAACUUUACAGAUAGUCUUUUAAUAAUUUGCUAAAUGUCACCUAAAAUCAGUGAAAUACAUUUCUAAUUAAUGUUUUUGAAGGCUAUGACUAUGCUGAUGCUAAAAAAAUAUGACGAUGUUCAAUGUUUCAAAUUCAGUGUAUGUUUUUCUAAUUAUUGUCAUACUGUUGCAUUGUGCUUUCACAAAUGUGUUUUAAUCAUUAAACUCACCAGACAUCACAAAAUAUAAUAUAUAAUAUGUAGGCUAGUGACAACUUUAAGGCCACCUUUCGCCUUUGUAUGUUUCCAUGCUUGUAAUGUCAUUAUUUUGUUCAGCUACGCCAGGGGUUCACCAUACACCCCUUGUCAAAUUCUAACAAGUGGGCUUGGAAAUAGUGAAGAUGAGUUAUGAAGGUCAUCAAAAGCCAUUAAGUAACCAUUUGUAGGAGCUUCUGCAAACAGUAUUUACUAAAGUGAGUUACUGCACCAGGUCUGCUAGACCUUCACCGGUCCGCAUGCCUAACGCUUCCAGUCCCCAUAACAUAAAUAUUUAUUGUCAAAUAGAAAUAAAAGUAUAAAAAUAAAUAAUGCACCAGUCCCUGGUAAAAUUUCAAAACUUGUUCACCGGUCCGCCAAGCUUAAAAGUUUGGGGACCACUGUGCUAGAUGAUGCAUCCUGUCUCAUUUGAUUGAAAAUGUAAAUUUAUUAUUAUUAGUGGUCUUAUAUAGCAUGCCGUGAUGUACAUAAAAAUAUUAGCAAACACAAGCAUGACAUUAAAAAAUAACAUGCAUUUAUUUAAUUAAAAAAUGGCUAUAUAACAACAAAACAAAAACAAAUGUAUAUUCACACCACCCACCCCAGAACUUUUACAUAUCAAGCCAUGGACAGCAGCCAGCAGCAUCAUUUAUCGACAAUUGGGGGAAUCAGUCAUGAUAGUAGAGUUUAAAGAGAUGUGUUUUGAGUGCAGUUUUGAAAGAAUACGCGUGUCUGUGGAGGAACAAAGGUUUUGAAGGGGUGAAGAGACAUUAAGAAGUUCAGUACGAUAGGAAGGGCAGGAACCAGAGAAAAAAUUGUGACAGAGAACAGGCAGCUUGUAAUCAGUGUGUGCCUGUAUGGGAGCCAAUGAAGUGAGUGAAGUAGUGGAGUGACGUGAUCUUGUGUCUUUGCCUUUAGAACUAACCUAGCAGCUGAGUUUUGAACUUUCUGCAGUUUUUCUAUAAAAUGUUUUGGUGAACAUUUUAGUGUAAUAUUUUGCAGUGUCCCUGUGAGCAAUCCCCUGCUCCCCAGGGCACGGCCCCAUGGCGCACAGUUUAAGAACCCCAUGGCUACAUCAACCAGUCAGUGGUUUAGUUAACUUGCACCACAAAAUUAAUAUUUAGAAUCAAUGACAUUUUUCUUGGAAAUAAAUAAUUUGGAAUUAUUAACAAUAAAAAAAAAAUUUUUGUAUACAGUGUUAAAACUUGAAUAAUUACAGAUUGUCUAUUUGUAAUAAUUAUUAGUCUUCUUUUUGCGUCCUAGUCAUGUCACUCAGUUAUUUUUUGAAAUUGUGCUAAGUAAUUUGUUUACCUUUCAGUUUUACUUUUAGUGCUUAGUUUGUUAAUAAGUUUUGAAAUACAUUAUAUUUGCUGAUUUAAAUGAAGAAAUAAAUUCAGCUUCUUCAUAGCUAAUUUUUUAUUCACAGUGAUAGUAAUUACCGGUAGCAAUUCUUCAAGAACUAUAUUUUUUAAUUUUUCUAUUUAUAGAUUGAUCAACUGAUGUCUGAAUGACUAAUUCCCUACAAACGAAACUAAAUCACGAUAACUGGGGAGCUUAAAGCAGAAAGUGUACCAUGAGCUAUAUCGCAUCACAAUUCAGUAUGCGUUGUGCAAAUAUUCUUUCAUCAACAUGCACUCUUAUUCGCUGCUGUUCGUUUUCACCAUUUUUGAAGAGGCACAUGAGCUCAAAGAAAAUUUGCUCAUUAAAAAGAACCUUGUUUCAAAAAAAUUUUUACAAUUCUCAGUCAGCAGUUUAUUAUGAAUUCCCUUGUUAUUUCCAAACGUCAUCAACGAUUAAGAAUAAAAUAUCAAACAAUGGUCAAGCAGCUUGUACUGGCGAUGUGUCAUCAUUAAUUGAGACUUGGUUCUAUGAAGUCUGUCCGCAUGGAUCCUUGAAUGCAACUCUCCCUUUCAAGACAAUCGUUAAGCCAUUGGAUCAACCAAGUAUCAACAAAGUCAUCAUACAACUUCAUUUUGACUCCGUGACAGGAAAUGAAAAUGACAUUCCAAGUGGUCUUCACUUGAGUCAAAUAAGUGACUUGUAUAACCUAGACGUAGCUUUUGAAGAAGAUAAGGCCAUUAUGAACAUCUCCUGUGACGUCACAAAAGGCAUUACAUUACCCAUAGUUUGCACUCUCCAGGUUCCUCAUCAGUUUGGUGAGUCAGGUUUAUAUCACUUCAUGCUCAGUUAAAUUGAAUUUGAAUCAUAAAAAAAAAUUUGCUCAUUUCUAAUUAUUUGUUAUCAACGCUUUUUUAAAUCAAUGAUUGAUUUACUUUAGGGGAUUAUUUUAUAAUAUUUCCGCUUACUAUUACAAUUUUUUAAAUAUAGCUCUUUCAAUAGAAAUUAUUGUAUUAAAAAAAGCAUGUGCAUUAUAAUGGGAGCAUACAAUUUUACUUAAAAUCCAAUGAUCUAUACGUACACAUUUAUUUGUUAUAGGUCUUCAUUUAAAAAUUCUUGAUGACAAAGAUGUGAGUGUUGAACGAAUGGAAAGUGAUACAAUUACAGUGGAAGCUGAGAAGGGAAAUUGUUAUUUUAAUAAUAUCAAGGUAAAUAUAAUUAGUAGCCCUAGAAUAAGUUUGCACCAAUAUGCUUAUCGCCCAUUAACUGGUAUUUAUAUGUCAAUCGGUCAUAAUAAUUUUAAAAAAUUUAGUUUUUAAAGAUGUAUAGCAAUUUACUGUGGGUAUUUUAUAAAUGUGAACAAAAAUAGAGAUAUCAUUUAAGCUCAGGGUGUAAGAGUAGAAAAAAUAUACACCUUUCAUUUCCUGAAACUGGCACCACUUUAUCUAAAAAUGGUCCAUAAGAAAGCUGUUUCUCUGCUAUGCUGCUUGUACGUGUAUUUCUAAAAUCCUAGUUUCAAACAUUCCUACAAUCCGUUUAUUAAAUUUAUCAUUCAUUUUCUAAACACCCUAUAUCUUUAAUUUAUUUCACAAUAGAUUAUAAUUAAGCUGACCGCUUUUUAUUACACUUUACUACUGCAUUUUGACUGAAAUUCUUCUUGUAUUUUUCUAACAUAGUGUGGGUCACUCAGUGCUCUGUGCAGGUCAGGAAACAUAACAUGUGGCUCAACAUUGCUGGGCAACACAUAUUUCCACACUGGGAAAUCAGGGGUAAAAUGUUGGUUAUAUAUAUUGCAAUUCUCAGGGCUUUUUAGAAUAUCAUUUUUACACAUAAUUCAAUUUCACUGAAAGUUAGUGAUAUUCUCAAUUGAAAAUAAGGUAUUAUUAAUUCUGGCUUCCAAGAUUGGCAAUUUGUUUGCAUUCAAUAAAAUUGAAAUUACUGUUCAAUAAUUUUGAAUUCAGUUCCCUUUUUAAGCCAUUAUACAAUGAAAUUAUAUUUACUAAAUUUACUUACUAAAUGGAUACUUUUGUUUUUACACUUUUACUGGAGACUUGUUACUUUAUUUUAUCAUGAUGAGUAAUUUUUUCUCUACUCAAGACGUAACUGUCUAUUACUGUUGUGUUAUUUCAUAAUUUCCAAUCAUUACCCCUCAAUAUCCUUAAACAUUACAAAACUUAAACUACAUGCCAAAAAUGACAAUGUCCUUUAUUCUAGUGAAAUUGAAGAUCACCAAUGACCAAUAAAUGACCUGCUAAACUUUCUUUUACUCCAGAAACGAAAGCAAAAUAAUAAACCUGAAACAUUUCGUUCUAAUGAUAAUGCAGUCUGUUUUUUGUGUUCAUGGGAAAAGUUUUUGUUUGUCUAUUUUCCUCAGAGCAUUACCACUGAAAAACUACAAGGUUCAAGUAUAACAUGUGAGACAGAAAUGGGUUCAAUGAAUGUGAGAUCUCUUUAUGCUGAGAAUGCAACUUUUAGAUCUGAUGCUGGCAACAUGCAUCUUGGAAAUUGUCAUGGUCAACUUUAUUUGUUAGCUGGAAAUUCAAAUUUGGCAAUAGGUUUGAUGGAUCACCUUUCAUGACCCUAUGUCUAGAGCAGCCGUUCCUAACCGUUUUUUGUUACCCUGAACUUCUUUAUUAGAGUACCCCCAUUUGCCUUACACUUACACUCAUUCAUUUCUAAAAAAAGUAUUAAAAAUUAGAUUAGCUAAAUAAUCAAAUGAAGCAGAUAAAACUAAUAUUUAUAGUUUAGUGGCUUUUAUUUUGUAUUUUACAAUUGUUUGGCUUUUUUACAAAUACCAAAUACAUUUUUGUAAAGUUACCAACUUAAACUUUUAACUAAGCCUUUGUGCAAAAGGUCUAAUGUGGCCCUUCAUAAUUUUAAUGUGAUCCUUGAGCUUGUUUCAUGGAGCCUGACAUUAGACUUGUAUACAACAAAUAUAGUGUUCUCAUUAUUAAUUUUUUUUUUUUUUUUUUGGAUAAUUUAUUUUUUUUUUUAUGCCUCUAAAUUUUGAUAUAUAGUUUCUUUUAUAUUAACAGGUGUAAAAAAAACUUUUUUUCCGUUUCGUAACAAAUAUAGUGUUCUCAUUAUUAAUUUUUUUUUUUUUUUUUGGAUAAUUUAUUUUUUUUAUUAUGCCUCUAAAUGUUGAAAUAUAGUUUCUUUUAAAUGAACAGGUGUAAAAAAAACUUUUUUGCCGUUUCGUUGUUGCUUACCCUCAAGUGGCCCAACCCCAGGGAUAUGCAUACCACAGGUCGGGAACUGCUGGUCUAGAGUUUUAUGAUUAAAUUUAAAGUAUGUGUGAUUAAUAUCAAUGUUCAUUUACCAGAAAUGUAUUAAUUUUAUAAACAUCUGUUUCAUGCUAGCCACACUUAAGAAGACCAAGUGUAUGUCUGUAAGUUGUGUAAGAGUGUAGAUCUGUACAGCUGGACUGAAAGUUGUAUUGAAAAAAAAGAUAGUGUUAGUGUUUACCAUUAAAAAGAAUCCUUCUUACUCUUAACAUAAAAACUUUUCAUGCUUACAUUCAGAGAGCCUUGAAGGAGAUAUUGAUGUUGGAUUGCAAUCAGGGAGUGUUUCUGUCCACCUCAGUAAGCAUCAAAAUGCCAACAUUGAAGUUGAAACAGGUACAUAUUUUUAAAAAAAACUGUUUUCUUAUAGUGUAGUCUUUCAAAAGUUUCAACAUUUGCAUUAAAUCACUACACCUUCAAAAUGACUUACAAUCUGUAAUUAAGUUAGUGUUUCUUAUUUUGUUAAAUAUACUCCCACACUGGAGAAUGCUUCAAGUUAAAGAAUAAUUUGAACACUUGUUUUCUUUCCCUCAAUUAGGAGACAUUUCAGUAAGCUUUCCUGAAGGUUCUAGUACAGAUCUGAACUUAGAUUGCUGUGCUAUCAUGGUUGAUAAGAACAUGAAUGUUCAUUUUCAUGACACAAGGUUACCCCAUCACAAAGAAGGUACCCAGAUAAUUUUUUUAAUUUUCAAGUUUUACAACAUAUUCUUUCCUCCUCUGUUUUUGGUUAAUAUUUUUUUUUUCACUCUUUUUGGUUGUUAUUUUUGUUUCACUCUUUUUUUUUUUUUUGGUUUUGUUCUUGUUUUUAAAGUUUUUUUUGCAUAAUUUAAAAUGGUUGUCAAGACAUUCAAAUUUUUAUAAAGUAUUUUAAAUUUUAAUUUUUUUAUUUUUAAAGUUUUUCAAUAUUUUUUUUUCUCCUUUGUUUUUUGUUUAUUUUUUUUUUUUCUUUUUUUUUGUUUGUUAUUUUUGUUUCUCUUUUUUUUUUUUUUUUGGUUUUGUUCAUGAUUUUAAAGUUUUUAGUGCAUAAUUUAAAAUGGCUGUCAAGACAAUCAAAUUUUUAUAAAGUAUUUUAACUUUUGGAAUUGUUGGGGUAGAAAACUGUUUUAUGCUAGAAUGUUUUAUGCUUGAUUGCUAGUUGGAUGUAGGGUAGCUGUGUAAAGUCCAUUAUUUUUUAAUUUUUAAUAUUUCUUCACUUAUUUUUAAAAGUAGCAUUUCCUAUUUCAAUUUCACAUUAACAGGUUACAUAGGUAAAAAGGGAAAGGCUUCUUUGAAUGCAAGAACUUUGUCUGGCACAGUACACCUUAAGAUUCUUGACUGGAUUCACACAACAAACUUAGCUUUUAAGGAAGACGAUUCAUAAAAGACAUCAUGGACUCCUAAAAUGGAUGUACAAUAUUUUAAAAGAAUAGUCUUAGGGAUUGUUAUUAGCACUUUUGGAAUGAUAAUUUUUUUUAUGCGCCGUCUCCCCUCCCCGGUCAUUUUUUAAAAAUUUUUAUAGUUUCAUUACAUAUAGCAUUAACCUGGUUCUCAUAAGUUGUAUUGGUACUUCCUAUCUAUCAUACUCUACCUUAUUCAAUGAACACAUAUGGACUAUUCCCACCCAGUGCACAUUGAGAAUGAAGAGUGUUUAGAUGUUAUUUUGAGACAUGCUGUGUUGGUUCUAAACUAUUGUGAACAGUUUAUAAUUUGUUGUGAUGAAUAUUUCUAAGUUCUAUAUGUGUUUUUUUCUUAAGGACAUUUAAGAAAGGGAAAAACAAUGAAUGGUAUAUGCUACAGUGGUUAGUGCUGUCUCUCGCAUCCACCAAGAUUCCUGAAUUUUUUUUUUUUAAUUAAAGGAAACUAACACACCUACACACAAAAACAUAGGACUCUGCAAAAUAUCAAUGAUUUAUGAUUUAUAUAAGUUGAUGUCAUUUAAUGAGGUGCUUGUUAUUAAUGUUAUUUCAUUUUACUACUAACUAGUUGUGUGCUCAAGGAAACAAUGUUGUUUUCUUUAAAAAUAAAAUAUUGACUUUCGUGUAAUUCUAAUCUUUACGCAGUGUUCUUCUAUUUCUUUUGAGAUAAGUUAUCAAUGUACAGUGGCAAUAAUUCUACUACACUGGUAGCACUAUUUGAACAACAUAUUUUUCAAAUUGUGUUAAAGAGGUGCCAGUUUUUUUAUCGUCACUUAGCUUACAUUUAUAUCUUUCUUUUCCAUUUUUGAAAAACAUUUACUUUAGCGGCUUAUAUGAUUUCAGCUAAAUUCAAAGCAGUUAUUUGUUCAAAUUAAAAUAUUAAAUGUUCCAGGUAAAAAAAACUACCAGCAAGAAAUAGAUUUUCUUUUUUCCACUUUUUGUAUUCAAGUUCACCAGACAUAAAAAAAUAUGUUCAUGAGUAGCAUAUUAAUUGGUUUUAUGGAAUAAUUUAACAGCCCUAAAAAAAAUUUUCAGAACCUGUACAAAAUUUUGAUUGGAAUUAUACUAAAGAGAGCAAAUAAUGUGUGAUAUUAAGAAUCACUUUAAACUUGGGUAUAGUCUAUUUUAUUACUCAUGUGGUCCUGGGUGACUUAUCUAAUGCUCAGAAUAAAAUAAUUUUUGCAGAUUGAUAGCCAGUCUUAUUUUCUCAUUUCUAAAUAUAUAUGUAUAAAACUUGGUAAAUGCAAAUCACUGCAAAUAUCUGUUUGCUAAUCCAUAAACAAAUAGUUUUAUAGAUAUUAUAUAUUUGCCAUGAAUAUGAAAAUCUCUGGUAAAUUAAAAACGAAGAUUUUGACGUUACUUAAAAUUCAAAUAAAUAGAAACAUUCAACUUUGGUAAAACAUUUACAUUUAAAACAAAAAUUUGAUUCACU